GUGACCUAAACAAAUGUGUGCCAUUUAUGAUAUUUUUCAAGAGUGGUUCUUAUAGACUUCUUACUAACAAAAAUUCACGACAAUUGGACUGAGCCUCAAAAGUUAAUAAAAAAGAAUCAAGAUUCAGUCACAAUGUGACGUUACGUUAGUGAUACACAAACUUGUCAGAUGGAUACAAUUUAUAAUACAGACUUGCAAAAUACUUAUUAUAUGUUGUAUGAUAUGUGUGGCGCAAACUAACUAUAUUGUGACUAAUCAUGAGUUUGAUUAUAGUAUUGUCACACGCAAACACGAGGACAUACGACAUAUCCUAUGCGUAAAUAACCUUUAUACAUACUUUGUAUUUAUUAAUUUUGUUAUUGCAAUACAUUAUUUUAGAAAGGAAUUGUUGUAACCAAUUGCAUAAUCCUUAAUGCUAAUUUGGAUAUGAUGUGAACAAAAUGAGGUAAUGUAAAGAUAAAAAUGGCUGAAAACUGGUGCAUUUAACUUUUUGUCACUUUAAACAGUCAUGUGGAACCAACCUACCAACCAUCCAUCGAUGUAUUGGAAUUGCACAUUUCAAACGAGUUGAAUGUGAGCAGAUGGAAACGCAACGCUGUUGCUAGCCCAGAGAAAGAAAGACGAGGAAAGGAGGAGCAGGCGGCGGCGUCCAGGGUCCAGCAGCAUAGCAUUGAGCUUGAGCAUGGUUUCCCCUUCGCUUCGGAUCCCCGCGGCCGCGCGCGUCUUCGAUCCCGCCAUCAACACCCGCUGCCCUCCGCCCCACGCCGUCGUCAUGCGCAUGCGCAGUCGCAGCCGCCGUUCCAUCGCUGCCUCCGCUUCGCCGCCGGGGGACCCCUCCAUCCGCGACCCCAUCUCACUGCCAAGGCCGCUCACCAGCGCGGAUCUGAUGGAGGCCAGCGGAGACGGUUUGAAGGUCGCAUACCAGGGAUGCCCGGGUGCCUACAGUGAGGCCGCCGCCAAGAAGGCGUACCCGAGUUGCCACACCGUGCCCUGCGAAUACUUCGAGACCGCCUUUCAGGCUGUCGAAAAUUGGGUGGCUGACCGCGCGGUCCUGCCACUUGAGAAUUCCUUGGGUGGUAGCAUCCAUCGAAACUAUGACCUUCUACUUCGCCAUAGGCUGCACAUUGUUGGUGAGGUGCGCCUUGCAGUUCGCCAUUGCUUGUUAGCAAAUCGUGGUGUGAAGAUCCAAAAUUUGAGAAGUGCCAUGAGCCAUCCUCAAGCUCUUGCACAGUGUGAACAAACACUGACAAAGUUAGGCAUCGAGCAUAGAGAAGCUGUUGACGAUACAGCAGGUGCAGCAAAGCUUAUUGCAGAACAAAAGCUCCAGGACACUGGAGCAGUUGCUAGUUCAUUGGCAGCUCAACUUUAUGGACUGGAUAUUCUUGCAGAAAAUAUUCAGGAUGACACCGAUAAUGUAACACGCUUUAUGAUGCUGGCUCGGGAACCCAUUAUUCCUCGUACUGAUAAGCCAUUCAAGACUAGCAUAGUCUUUUCUUUGGAAGAAGGGCCUGGGCAACUAUUUAAGGCGCUGGCAGUGUUUGCACUGAGAAAAAUUAACCUCACCAAGAUGGAAAGCCGUCCACACAAGAAAAAGCCUCUACGUAUAGCUGAUGAUAAUUGUUCUGCACCAUUGAAGCAUUUCGACUACCUCUUCUAUGUAGAUCUUGAGGCGUCAAUGGCUGAUCCAAAUGCUCAAAAUGCUCUGGCAAACUUAAAGGAGUUCGCAACCUUUCUAAGAGUUCUUGGGAGCUAUCCUACCGAUGUCAGUGAAGCAUGAAUUGUCAAGUACCUGUUUUGAAUAUACUUGGACCAGCGUUAUCAUGAAUGAGCUUACGAUUGGUUCUAUCGCCAACUUGGAAGCACCGAUAGCAGAAGUGGUACUAACUUGGAGGGUAACGAUAUGACAUAUUGAUAGAGAGAAUGGCACAAAGGUGCACGAUGUUUUGUUCUUGUUUUUAAGUUCUCAUUGUUGUGUUAGUGACGAUUUCCUUUUGAAAGGGGCCUUUAUGCAAUAUCCCACUUACCCAAAAGAACAGUGAUGAGAUAUCAAAGCUAAGGCCAAAGAAUUGGUUGUUUGUCAUUACAGUUCGGCAUUUCCUUUUUUAUACUGAGAUUUGUCUGUUGAUUCA